AGGGUCAUGGACCGUGACUGGGAGUCUAUCCAAAAAAAAACCUUUACCAACUGGAUCAACAGUCAGCUUAAACAGCGUGAGAUCCCACCUAUUGUUGAUCUUGAUACCGAUCUGUCCAAUGGUGAAAAUCUGAUUCAGCUUCUUGAGAUUAUUGGUGACGAGAGUCUGGGCAGAUACACUAAAAACCCGAAGCUUCGACUUCAAAAGAUUGAAAACAUGAAUACGGCGCUCAGCUUUAUCAAGAAGCGUGGCGUCAUGCUCACCAACAUUGGGUCUGAAGACAUUGUCGACUCCAACCCAAAACUGAUUCUUGGUCUGAUCUGGACCAUCAUUUUACGAUUUUCUAUUUCCCAGAUCAGUGAAGAAGGACUGACUGCAAAAGAAGGCUUGUUGCUGUGGUGUCAACGUCGCACGACCCCUUAUGCUGCCGAUUUCCAUAUCAAGGACUUUACAUUUAGCUGGCAGGAUGGUCUUUCCUUAUGUGCUCUUAUUCACCGACAUCGUCCGGAUCUUAUCAACUACUGGGCGUUGGAUAAGAAACAAAAACAUGCCAACACUCAGCUUGCCUUUGAUAUCGCUGAACGGCAUCUUGGCAUCCCCAAAUUAUUUGCUGUUGAAGAUAUUGUUGAUGUGAUCAAACCCGAUGAGCGUUCUGUCAUGACUUAUGUUGCUCAAUACUUUCACGCCUUUUCAGCUCUUGACAGGUUUGGUGUUGCUGGUCGUCGUGUUGGUCAGCUUGGACAGGUGCUUCACCAAGCAUGGGAAAUGCAAAAUGAUUAUGAACGUCGUGUUUGUGAGCUGAUUGCUUUAGUUGGUGCUAUUCAGUCUACCUGGGGCAAUGCCAAUUUUUCUGGCUAUCCUGAUGCUCGCCGUCAGUUGAUUGAAUUUGAAACAUACAAGGGUACUACAAAGAGAGGCUGGAUUACUGAGCGUCGUGAAUUGGACAGUCUUCUUGGAAAUAUUCAGACUAAACUCAAAACAUAUAAUCUCAGACCUUAUACCCCUCCUGCUGGUUACACUCUUGCAGACAUUGAUCGUCACUGGAAUCAGCUUGUAACUGCUGAGGCUACUCGCAAGCGUGCCAUUACUCAUUAUAUUCGCGAGUCCAAGGAUCAGCUUCGUCAAGAAUAUGCAACAUUGGCCAACUCGCUGCAAGAUUCUCUGAAUGUGAUUUCACAUCAGCUUGCUUCUUUGCAGGGAGAUCUUGAGCAGCAGCUUGAUGUGACCAAGACUCUGUUGGGACAACUUGAGCCGGUUGCGCAGUCACUUGUUCAGAUCAAGCAGUUGAAUGAUGCUCUUGUUGAAGCCAAUAUUGACGACAAUGAGUAUACCAUUUAUACCGUUGAAGAUUUAUCGUUUGACUAUGGUCUGCUUACCCAGUCUCUGAACAAAAAGCAUGCCUUUAUUGAGAACCAGAUGGUGGCACGCACCAAAACCAAUUUUACUCCUGAGCAACUUGAAGAGUACUCUGAGACCUUUAAGCACUUUGACAAAGAUAACUCCAACACUCUUAAGCUGGAAGAAUUCAAAGCUGCACUUCAGUCAGAAGGUACAACAUUUGCAGAUACCGAGUUUGAAAAAACGUUUCUUGAAGUUUCGCAAGGUACAGAUGAAGUCUCGUUUGAGCAAUUUAUUGAAUACAUGCGUAACCUAUCGGAAGACAAGACGACGCCCGAGCAGCUGCUUGAAUCGUUCCGCACUCUUGCUAUUGACAAACCAUUUGUGACUGAGGCAGAUCUGUACAAGGGGGCGAUUCCACCGGCCAUUGUCGAGUAUCUGAAGACCGUGCUGUCGCGCAAGGAGGAAGGUUAUGAUUUCAAUUCGUUUGUUUCGGGAGUUUUUGGAAACUAAAUAAAAUACUUUGGUUUUGAGAGC